UGUAUCACUAUUCGCAGCGUAUCAGUAUGACAGUUUCUUCGGUUGACAUUGUUUGUAUUUUGAAUUUGAAUUUGGAGUGUCUGAAUAGGAUUUGAAAGUAAUUUUGAUAUGUAAAUAGAUGUUUUGUGUGUGAAUAUGCAAAUAAAAAAGAAAUAAAUUAUAUUACGCACGACAAUGGAUACGACAACGUCAUUGAAACCAAAGCCGUUGGCAGAAUUGCUGCCAUACCUAAGUGGCAUAGUGUCCAAGGAUGCCAUGCAGACUCUAACCGCUAGGAAACAGCCGCGGCCAACGAUCACACAAACUUGCACAGCUGUAAAAACUAUGAAACCUCUCACAAUGGCCGAGUUAAUGGCUGGAAUACCAGCUUUAAGAAACCAGUCACCAAGAAGACAAACGCAAGCCUCAACAUCUGUCAAGAAGAAAAUCUGGAAUUCAUCAGUGAAGGUGGAGUGUAAGAAGAUAAGUCACACUGCUGAAGGGAAGAUGAAGCACAACCCAGUCAGGAAAGUGCUCAAUUUUCAACCUAAACCCAGGAAUACUUUAGCUCCAAGAAUGGCUACGGCCAAUGCAGAAACACCAAAGUUUCCAAAACCAGAGUACAGAGCAAAGAAAUCAGUACACAUACUAGAGAAGAAUAAAGUAAGAAUAAGUGGAAUAUGUAAUAUACCAGAAACUCCCGUCUUAGCUCCACCUGUAAGACAAAGGAUGACAAUGGCCAAUAAAGAAAACUUGCCCAAUAUACCAAGGCAACUGAAAAAUAUUGCAACACCAAAAUUAGCCUCACCAAAGAUUGCUCCAAAGAAAUUUGCUACCCCAAAAAUGCCUGACACACCACUGUCAAACCAAUCAUGGCAAUCUAGUUGUGAUGCUAGCUUCUUGCAAAAAGAAAAAGAAAUUCGUGAUAUUGAAGACAAAAUAAAAAAUGUGUCACAGGAAAAAACUUUAGAAAGAAUUGCAGAAGUUUCUCCGCCCGCUUCAACUCCAUUCAGAGAAUAUAGAAAUGUUAAAGAGUAUUUCAACAACUCUAGUGAAAUGGACACUUCAGCCGUGAAUGAUAACACAAUCAUGUGUUUUGACAAAACAUUCCAACCAGAAGAAUAUAACAAAAGAGAGGAGAGUGUGAUAACAUCUCUCUGUGAAAUGCUGAACAAAGCAGCAGUAACAAUACCUGAAAACAACAACACAGAGCUCCAUGAUUUGUUGGAAGUUGAAAAACGAACGCUAGCCAACAUUAAAAUUCUGGACAAAAUCAGGGAGCAGGAACUUAAAUCUCUGGAGUAUGUUAGAAAAUUAAUAAUUGAGAAAAGAAAAGCACAAACAAUUUCUGAGGUUAAGAGGGAAGAAAAAGUUGAAUCUAUCAUUGAAACCAAAGCUCCAGGGGAUAUAAAAAUAGAAAAAACUAACUCUGAAGAAAAUCCAGUUGUAGGUAGAACAUCAGUAAUCAAAUCAUGUAUCAAAUCACCAAGUUACAAAAUACCUAAAAAGAAUGCAUGUUUAAGAAAAAAGGUAUUUUAUAAAUCAAUGCCAAAUGUUUCAAAUGUAGUUCUGUCACCAAAUAGAGACUUAAAUGACAAAGCAUUAAGUGUUUACAUGAACAUGAAGAAACAUAUGAAUUUCUUGUCCACUCCUGUUGUCAAAGAGCAGAAAACAGCUGUUCCUGAUACACCUUCCAUCACAUCACAUAAUUUACAAAAACAACUAGAUAAACUCUAUGAUGACAAUUAAAAUGUGUUACAUUAAGUAUACUUAUUGUUUGAAGGAGGGAAACCUUUUGUGAAUACAACUCUCAAAUAUAGUACAAUUUAAAUUGAAUUGACAUGCAUCUUAUAGUCAUUUAUUGACUCAAAAAUAAAUUUAUAGUAUUGUUUGUAAAAUAAUCUAUUCUAAUAAACUAACAGUGAAAUGUGCUAUAAUUUAAAAAGAUGUUCAAUGUUUGUAAAUUAUUUAUAUUUUUUGACAGGUUGUGCUACAGGUUGGCAUAUUUUUCAUUUGUCUUUUUUAAUCAGACUUGGAGACAGUAUAAACAUUUAAUAUGAGUUUUCAAUAAUAUAUCAAAAAUAGUUAUAAUAUAAUGUUGAUUUUCUUUCCUUUUAUUAUAAGCUACUUUAACAUUGUCUGCAAGUUUUAUUGAAAAAUUAAGAAAAUAAUUUGGGUUUGAACAUAAUGUUUAGUUAAAUGUGUUAGAUGUAAUAUGACAUAAAUUGUUGUAAUAUAAAAUAGAUAAAAUAAUAUAAAUUUACAAAUGUUUAAAGGUCAUA